AUGUCGUCCCCGACUCUUCCACCGUUAAGAGUAACACGUUCACGUCGAGCUCCUGGUUUUCGAAAUUUCGAAAUCCUACCUGGACGAUCGGAAGUUGCAGAACCACCUAUCGCUCCUCAACAGUCAGGAACGAUGCCUCGACAUCUUUCUCCUGGACGAUCAGAAAGUCCACCCCCACUUGACCUUCAACCUCAAUCAACUAUGAUACCUCGACUAGAAAUGCUACCAGAAAGUCGUUCUUCAAGUCCUUCCUCAGAAACGGCGAUACCACACCAAGAUGAUGCAUUCUCACCUUCGACGGACCUACAUCAAGAUGAGACUGAUGCACAAAACACACCGCUACGUAGUCGUCUCGUACGUCUCUCGAGAAGUGAACUAAAUUUUGUAUUGCGCGAAAUACUAUCACGCCCGGCUACUAGGCCAACCGCACCCCCGCCUUCGGACAAUGCGCUACUCUCAACCCCUCCCGAUUUCAACGUGUUCCUAGACAACAACCUACUCCCUCUAAUGCCCACACACCCCCUCUAUCCACCGCUAGGAACAACAUGCGGAAUCUGCCACGACUCCUUCCACGAGGCACACGCUCCCGUACUGAUCGUCAAGGCACAAGGAUGUUCCGGACAUGUAUUCGGCUACCAGUGUCUGCGCAAGUCUAUCUCAGCUGACACAGCAAAUAGCAACAAAUGCCCACUGUGUCGGACAACAUGGUUUGAAAUAUCGAGGCAACAUCUGACAAGAUUGGCGAUUGUAUGGGGAAGGAUAGGUCAGGUAGAGAACAGGGUCAUCAGGGACAUCGAAGACGCUGAGAAUGACGCUGAGAACGCUAGGUCAGCUGCACUUGGCCCCAUACCUACUCUAGAUCACCAAUUGUUGAUUGCUAGAGACUGGGAGAUCGGGAUGGCAAUUGCACUUGCGAGGGCCCACGUGGCCGACCUUGCGGUGGUUGGAGACAUGGCUCAUCGGAUGGAAAUGUCGCUUGCUACAGAAAGAGAGCGAGACAGCGAGAUGGCUGCGGCGAUUACUAGGAUUCAUGCGACUCUUAGGCCUAGUCGUCUAAGGACAUUGUAUAUGGCAUGGAUUGUCCUUCUGCAUGUACUGUUAUUCGUCCUUUGGGGAAAUGCGGCACCGGGCGGGGUGUCUUUUGUUUUGCAUAUCCUUCCCCGAUGGAUAUGGGGCUAG